GCAGAAACUGCAUUCCAAAAAGAUCGCUCUGAUCUCCGUAGAUGUCCAGUUAUGAAAUACCUAGAUGCUCAGAUAUUCUGACAAAUAUCAGGGAGGAACUCACUCUCAGCAUCCACCCACCCGCCUUCCCCUCAGGCUAAAAACUAAAAGUUUAAUACUCAAUAGUCAAUACUGAAUACUGAAUACUAAAAACUAAAAGGUUAAUACUCAAUACUGGAUACUAAAAACUGGUGCGCUGCGGGUUAGUGCACAGUCAAUCCGCCGUGUGUUCCAUAUGAUCAUGAUGUGCGUAGGCAUUACCAGAUCUAAACAUUACUUUCGAAUGCACUAUGAUUUAUUGGUUUCAUAAUGUUUUUUUACAGUUUUAUAGAGAUUUUCCUAAAACUAUCGAAAUCAGAAAAAAAGAUUGUGUUUUUAAAACUUUACUAGUUGAUGUUCUUGGAGCUUUUUUAAUGGAUUUUCGACAAUGGAAAAUGUAACCAGCGCGCACCUGCAGAUAUGCGCCAUAUGCAUUCGUAUUAAGUGAAGUUUCCCCAUAUUUCUUUUCUUACCAGUUUGCAUAACUUUUGUGACCGAAUGAAAUAUAUCAGUCUUCUUUCUGUGCAAACAUUUUUUCUUUUACAUACAUGGGAAAUGAGAUAGUAUGAGUAUGGUCUUUUCUCUUAAUAAAUGCCUGGAAAAGAUAGAAGCUGAAAAACUUGUAACGCUCGAUCUGCGAUCUUUUCAACCAAGUUUUUCUAGAUUGUAGUUAAACAUUUAUGCUGUAGAUAUUUGCGAAGUGAUUCGUCUUCAUAGCACACCUUUAUAUUUGGAUUAUCGACAACAACAACAUAAAUGUCUAAACAGAACAUUCGUUACAAAAAAAGUAGACGGGCAAUUAUGCAAUGACUUUGCUCAUUGAAUGUGGCCAGGACGGAAGUUGACGAUUAUGAAGAUGGUGAUAACAUGAAAUGUUAUUCUAUUGUUCAAAUGGAGUGUUUGAUUUCUCUCGCGCAAAAAAUAUUGUGUACUGAGUGUAACGAACGCUGGAAUGGCUCAGCAUCUAUUAAAAAAGGGGAGGGAUUAUACGUACACAUUAUAUUCAUGUGUUCCAAUUGCAGCAAUGUCACUGAUUUACAUGCAUCCUCCCGCGGUCGGGAAAUCAACGUCAAACUGGCGGUUGGUGGUACAGGAAUACGUCACGUUGGGAUUACAAAACUGUUAGGUACUAUGAAUCUCCUAUCACCUGUACAAGGAGAACGCUAUGAUGAACAGAAUGUAUGAUUGUGUUUCGAAGGUUCAACAAGAAUGCAUGACUGCUACUGCACAAGAAGCAUCUGAAUAGAGACGUAUCAAAUAAGAGAUAUCUUCUUUCUGUCCUUCACAUGCCGCGUCACAUUUUUCGUUCAUUUCUGACACACAAAAAGAAAAUGAAGAAAUUUGCAACUGAAAAAACAAUAGGUAAGCUCAGUCAAUAGCAAAUUUUUAUUUUGGAAAAAUAUCAUCCUAUCUGAAGUCAUCGCGUUAUAUGCGAAUGUUCUCUGUUGUUCAGACCCCAUGCAGUGGAAAAUCGAUGCGGUACAAUAUAUCAAAUAUUUUACAGCAUUUAGAAAAAAAACAGUUCACUUGCAGCUGAACUGAUUAGAUUGGUGUAAGAAAACGGAUUUUUAUGCCAAUUAUAUAACGCCUGUUCUAUAGACCAAUAUUGUUAUAGUAGACCACUAGCUACAAGAUCAGUCACCAAGGACAUUCUUCUCCAAGAACACCAAGACUGGUCACGUGUAGGCACAAGGUUAUCUUAAGAGUAGAUUUUAGUGAAAAGACACCGAAGCAAGUCAGAAACUGGCGAACCACCAAGACUUCACUGAAAUGAUCUUUCUAAUACUAUCUAGAUGUGUUCUAAUGAGAUAGAUGUCAAUAAGAAUAUUGUUACUUCGGUUACUUACUAACCAAUCUUCUUGCAACGCUCUGAGACCAUGUGUAGUCGUAAUCACCUGGAUAAUCUUGCAGUGUUGACUGUUUUAUUUUUUUGUAACACAAGACAAGAAAUGCCUCUUUCUAAUUAAAUACCCACAGCUAACCACCCUGACUCUCACCUCGCAGACGCACAGUUUUACUUUUCAUUUUUGCAUUUCGAGAGGUAUACUUCUUUGAUCACUUUCUUUAAUCCCAAGAAACCCAGAGACGAAGAAACCCAAAAACGUUUCAGGAAGGACUUUGAAUACAGCCACCAUUUCACGGUAAAGUGGAUAAGUACCGUGGAACACUCACGGGAAACUAAGCGCUGAAAAACAUUUUAGUGACCUAUUAUUGCUACAGCUACUUUGUAGUAGUAUGACUUCAACAAAAUGUCUAACAAGUUAGCUUAUAGUUCUAUGUCUCAUAAUGGAUACUUUCUAUUAGCCUAAUUUCUAGGACAAUUUCUAGCUAAAAUUCAAAGUAUUUGUCUAGCUAAACCUUAAAUUUUAAUUUUGGUUUGAGAAUGCUAGUCAGACCCUAAAUUUAACUGAACAAUCGUCAGCCAAAAUUAAACCCAAGAGUUAAUUUUAAUUUUGUCUACAACAUACAUAUUCGAAGAAAAAUCAAAUAUAUCCCUUAAUUUCAGAAGUAAAUCAUAUUGAUUCUUUUUUCGUUUUUUCAAGCAGAAAAAAAGUGGCUAAAUGACAUGCGCAGACAAAUCAUGCAACUGUCAAUCAGCAUGUCACAUGGAAGAAUGCUAUAAAAAGAAAAGAACAAACAAAUUUUCAGAGUAGACUAUAAAUUAUAGAAAAUGUUAAAAGAGCAUAAUGGAGUUGUUAAAAAAAACAGUCAUCAUAUGCGUUUUCUCUGCGCUGAUUUUAUAUUUUGUUAUCAGAUCACUUGAAUCAGAGACAGCUGCCCAUGUAACAGGACCAUUACUGAAUUCGUCACCGCCUGUGAUUGAAACAGAGUUUGAUCGUUUGAACUUGACUGGUGGUUAUGCUCAAAAUUUGAAGUAUGGCAUCACGCGAGACGAAGCAUGGUUAAAAGAGCACAAACGAAAUUUUAUUCCCAAAACAUCUUCAUUCAAACAUAUUCCUUAUCUGUCUACAUUAGAAGCUAUUGAACUUGGCUAUUUUCUCUCACCAAGUGUCAUCAAGCAAUUGGAGUUUCUCCGUCACUCAAUUGAAUUAAGUGAAAAAGCAAUAUUAGAAGAAGCAAAGGUGAGUACUGUGUUAGAAGACGUUGAUCAGCAACAACUUCCUUACACAACAGUGACAUGCGUUCCCAGCAGUCAGUACGAAGCUCAAAAGCUGCACAAUCAUCGUUGUGAAUAUCGGAAUAUUUACUGGGAUAGCUCGAAACAGAAAUACUACUUCUAUAAAUCAUCCAACUCAUCUCCAGACCUAUCUGCUUCAUACAGUAGUGAACAAGAAUUCAAAUUUGACUCGAACUCUCGUUCGGCAAAAGCACCACCAAAGGUCGAUCGUAUAUUAGAUAAGCCUGUCUUUAUUAUACCAACAACGACUGAUAAUUAUUUUCAUACCGUAUUCGAUUAUUGGUAUCCGGUUUUUUUAAAUAUAUUAGAGUAUCAAAACUUAUCCUAUUUCAUUGAUCGUUCUAGUGCUCAGUUAUGGUUAGGACAGAGUCUGCUAAACGCUUAUCCCUACAACUGGAAUCAAUUAAAUGCCUAUCAAAGCCAAUCCAUAACAGAGUACGGCCGUCUAGUGUCUACUAGUCCAAAUCGUACAGUGAUGUCAUAUACUCAUAAGCGGAUUGCUUACGAUCAGUUGCAAUCAACAUUUUCUGUCUUGCCAUUGCUGACUCCACGUACAUGGUUCAACAAUGAAUGGCUACUUAUCAAACAUUUGAUACAUCCUGGUACAGGUGGUCAUCGAGCGUUUGUCAAUGAACUUUAUUAUUGGCAUCCGAUGAGAAGUGACCACCCACGAUGGCCCUAUCUGGAUCGUCAACAACAGAAAUACUUCUUCACAUAUUCCGAUCAUAUUUUGAAAAAGUUAAAUCUCUCAAGUAAAUUAGAUGUGCCGUCAACAACAACGACCGGCGUUGAGUAUAUCGUUGUAAUUAAUCGAGCUCGAUCUAGCAGAAGAAUUACGAACGCUGAAGAACUUCUUAAAAAAUUAAAAGUCAGAUUUAAAAAUGGACUAAACACAACAAACACCGGACAAGCCAUUGAGCUACCGUCAAAGUUGCGUGUUUAUCCAACAGUAUAUGAUUUUUCACGCGAUAUGCACGCCUCAGCGAAAUUGAUGAGGCAAACACGUUUAUUGAUCGGUGUACACGGAGCUGGUCUCGGAAAUAUGAUGUUUAUGAGACCGGGUGCAAUUAUGCUUGAAGUGUCAGGCAUACGAUGUGAUUAUUUGAGCGUACAUUUUGGAACAUUGGCUCGCAUGAAUCAACUCAUCUUUCGCGAAUGGGUACAGACAAAUGGUUUCGGAACAGGAUCUUGUAGGAAAGAAGGAGCUGUUCAAUUGAAUAUUGAUGAGGUUGUAGAUCUAUGUGAUGACUUAUUGCAAACCGAGUUAGCUCAACGAGAAGCAGCUUACCAGCAAACGAUCCGUCUGAUACAACCGAAACACUGA